AUGGGUCUUUUAUCGUUCGCUUGCGGCAUCGCCAUCGGGGGAUACUGGACGAAGAAAUUAAUAAUGAGACAAUUGGGAGAGGAAUGGACUCCCGUAAAAUCUACUUUGCAACGAGUUUGGCCUUCCGAUGAUGAUAAAACCACUGCAGAAGAAAACCAAUUUCAAGAUAGGAAAAGACAACAAAACAUAACAAAGCCUCGUAUUCUUGAUGACGACUCCGAUAAUCAAAACCUACUUUCGCUCUCUCGAGACUUUAUUUCCAAGCUUCAAACACGACAGAAUUUCAUGCUGUUGGAAGCUCAAGAAAAAUCAACCACAAAACCAGAGCGAUAA